AUGUCUUUUAAACUACCUGUGUUGUGUAGUCUGAAGCCAUCCUCACAAAGUUACACUGCCGGUUUACCGGAGUUUCAGUGGGCCGAUCUCUGUGAUAAAGAAGAAAUUGGCCGUGGCACGUAUGGUACUGUUUUAUUGGCGAAUAACCAAACAACUUCAGAGAAGGUUGUUGUUAAAAAGCUUAUUGUGUCUUCACGGUUAGACGACAAGCAAAGGUUCUUCAAGGAAGCAAGGCUUUUGCAUAAUAUACGUCACAAGAAUGUGGUAGAGUUCAAAAGGGUGUGCGUGGAGCCUGCUGCAAUAAUGCUGGAAUAUGUCUAUUUUGACUUUUUGCCCUUUUGUCCUGAUGACUCCCCACGCGUGCACAGCCUAGAGGAAUUUCUUAGUCACUUGGACGCCACGGACGCUGUUGCCAGUUUUCCUUCGUGUCUACAGUUGAAGAUUGCAGAAGAUGUAGCCAAAGGACUAGAGCAUUUGCACCAGUCGGGUAUUUAUCAUCGCGACCUUAAAACUUCGAACGUAUUAGUUUCUAACACUCAUUACAGCCACAUCGAAGACCAAGAAGCCCUUGUUCAAGCUUUCAACAACGAGAUUAUAAUUUGUAAAUUGACCGACUUUGCCGACUUUGACAAUUGA